AGCCUGCCUCUGGCCGCGGGAAAUCCAAAUUUCGCGGGACGAAGUUUGGCGCUAAAACAGAGGCUCUGAGAUCUGCUGGCGGUCCUAAGAGCAGUGAUCGCUACGGGGGGCGGGGGAGAAAGCAAACGUUUCCCGCGAACAUCUUAACAAGUUAUUCUUUUCCCUAUUCGAGUCUCUCCCGCAGGGUUUCCACAAUUUGGACAUGUGUGUAUUGGUGCGGUUCGCUGCGGUUCCAUAGAGGACAUAUUUGUAGUACUGGGCUGACGGGGACACUGGCUAAAGGCUGUUGUAUUUUAUCGAGAAAUUAUCUGAAGUCGCUGGAAGAGGAUGAUGCGGAUAUGCAGGGGGGUUUCACCCGCUGCGGCGAGACCUAACGCCGGGCACUCGGGUAUUCAGAGGAAGGUCGUCCCUGGAGGGAAGACGGAGAUAUUCGGCAGCGCACUCUGUAGCCCGCCGAUCAGCGCCGUGCCGGUUGCUUAUUUCACCCAGAUCUGCAGCUCGUCCGGCGCCGAGCAGAGGAACGGUUACCCCUGCGCGACCCCCCACGGACCUGAUGUGAAGCCCGUCAGAUCGGCCUCCGGCAGACUUCCGGCCAAGAGGAAGCUGGACUUGGAAGAUCCCCCAUACCUCCCUGACUACCGCACCCCCAAAGGAAAGGGGGCUGCAGUCAGGCUCUCUAGCCCCAAGACCUCCAAGUCCCCCAGUGAGCGCACUCGGUACGACACCUCCCUGGGCCUCCUCACUAAGAAGUUUGUGGGACUGCUGAGCGAAUCGUCGGAUGGCGUGCUGGACCUCAACUGGGCCACCGAGGUGCUGGAGGUGCAGAAGAGGCGCAUCUAUGAUAUCACCAACGUGCUGGAGGGAGUGCAGCUCAUCCGCAAGAAGUCCAAAAACAACAUUCAGUGGCUGGUCGGGAGGGCCUUCGAGGGCUCGGCUGGUGGCUCGGACCAGGCACAGACCCUCAGGAGGGAGCUCAGUGAGCUGGAGAGAGCGGAGGAGGUCCUGGACCAGCUCAUCCAGAACAGCUCCACCCAGCUGAGCCAGCUGACUGAGAAUAAAGACAGCCAACAGCUGGGAUAUGUCACCUACCAAGACAUCCGCUCUAUCGCCAGCUUGCAGGACCAGACAGUCAUCGCCAUCAAGGCUCCGUCCGAGACCAAGCUGGAGGUUCCGGCAUCUUCCGGGGAUUCCCUGCAGAUCCACCUGAAGAGCAGAAACGGCCCCAUCGAGGUCUAUCUGUGUCCGGAGGAGGAGCUUGAUGACAGUCCUGUUAAAGGCCCCGCCCCUGAGUCCUGUGGCCCCACCCCUGAGUCCUGUGGCCCUGCCCCAAAGUCCUGUGACCCCACCCCUGAAUCAUGUGGCUCCAUCCCUCCCUCCAUCAAGCAGGAGCCUGCUGAAGCAGCAGAGACGCCUGCCAUCACCUCCGGCGGCCCCCUGCUGGACGUCGAGGGCAUCCUGGGACUGCCCCCCAGCCUGCUGCAGACGACGGAGGACCAGCUCCCCGGCUCCACGGAGCCUGCCGGCCCCUUUGUCAGCUUCACCCCCCCUCUGGACCACGAUGACUACCUGUGGGGCCUGGAGGAUGGCGAGGGGGUGUCUGACUUCUUUGAUACCUACGAUUUAGGCGACCUCCUGAGAAGCUGAGGCCAGGGUGCUGGGCCGGGGGGCCCACAGUGGUGCUAUGGGGUGGGGGUGAGGGAUCAGGAAAGGGCCGCCCCCCGACUGUGUUUAGUUCUCCUAAUUCAUGUUACGUGGGCUAAUUGGUGGUGUGUGUGUGUGUAUGUGUGUGUGUGUGUGUUUUUUUCCUUGGGUUUAUUAUUAAAUAAUUGGCUAGUGAUUUUCUUUGAGGGUGGGGCUUAUGGCACUAAAGCCCAGUCAGCAGGUCCAAGGUUUACAUUAUGUUGGGGGUGUCUUUUAGAUAUUUCACACUCCUCAACACCUCCUUGGCUGGUUGCAGGGUCUCUCAUUGGACUUGAUGCCUGGUGCCCCCCCCCCCCCCCCAAAAUAACCUUUUCUAUGUUUGCAAAGUGAAGUUCUAUGUGUAGUUUGCCAAAAGAGAACUGACUCGAUCCUCUGUAAGCAGGGAUGGUCCUCCUCAGGUCAGAAUUCUUCCCCAUAGGGUAGGGGGUACUUGGGGAGUGUUGGUGGGUGCGUGGGUGGGGGGGGGGGGUUGCUGAGACCAAACACUCAGGAAUUUGUAUCUUGCCAAAGCCAAUGUCUGUACUUUCCUCCACCACUAGAGGGAGACGUGGCAGCACAGAGCUGACAGUCUGACCGGGGUUGUGGUUAGCUGUCAGAAUGGUUAGCUGUCAGAAUAGCGCGUCAUGUUUCUGGUUUAGGUCGUGUGCCUAUACCCACCUGGUGUGUUCUACCUCACAGCGCCACCUUCAGGCUCAGCUCAGGGUGCAGACCACAAUCCUUGCUGGUUUCUGUUGAUUUCUUAAUGUGACUUGACUAAAUUUAAUAGCUAUAAUUUAAUAAAUUGGUAUAAAAUAAUUAGAAUAUUUUAAAACCAAUGUUGGGAAUGCCUGAUAGCAAUGUUUAGGGAAUAUGUAAAGGUCUGUAAGUUAUUGCAUCGUAAGUUUCCUUGGGAUUUUUAAAUAUGAAUAAUUUAGUGAAGUGUAACUUGAUCCUUAUUAGUUAAAGAGUUAGAAUAUUCACUCAGUGAAAUACCAGUUUAUGUGAAAAGGAAGGAUCACUUUACAUUAUAGGUGCAGGUUAUUGGACAGAGAUGAGUUGUUAAAGGAAUUAGUGUGAUGCGUGACUGGGGCUCUCCAGUGGGACUGAGCUCCAGUGGAACAUUCCGGGUGGGUGUCCUUGGUCCCGGAGUCGUGAAGGGCUUUGUCACCCCCAAGUGGCAGAUAUGCUGUUUUAAGUUUGAAGUAGUUUUAAGUUUGUUGUGUUUUUGGUGGGAAUAUGAGUUUAGAAGCGAUUUUCUGUAGUCUGUUGCUUGCCUAUUGUAGAUAUAUUAGUGUAUUUUGUGUGUGUGUGUGUGUGUGUGUGUGUGUGUGUGUGUGUGUGUGUGUGUGUGUGUGUGUGUGUGUGUGUGUGUGUGUGUGUGUGUGUGUGCGCGUGCGUGUCUGAGCCUCGAGUGUUAUGACUGUAUGUGACGCAGUGCCCACCUGCCUGGUGACAUUCACACUUAAUGCUGUAGUAUCUACUGAUGAUGACCCCCCCGCCCCCCCCCCCCCCGAGCAGACUAGUGUCACCAUGGCAGCCAUGAAAAUAAAUGUUUGUAUUAUUGAUAAUAAUUAAUAAGUCCUUUUAGCUCGUACCCAGGCUUUAGGUUAGAUCCAGGCACUGUGAGGUAUUAAUAUGGCCGAUGAGGUCAGAGCCGUGCCGCGCAGCCCGUCGCCCCGGUAACUGCGCCGCAGAACACUGGGGUCUUUGUGUGCAGCCCCUGCGAGCCCCGCGGCCGAAACGCCGCUCACUUCCUGUUGGUUGAAGCCUUGCUGUGUUCGUGUUUCUCGCUGGAGUGCUACGGCUCCACGCUGAGCAAACUUGCAGGCUUCUUUGUGUGACUGCGUGUGGUGUUAUUUUCAGGUGGUAAUUCUGGCGGGGGGGCAACUAUUGUAGUUUUUUGUAAUAAGCAUUAUUUUGUGAUAUUUUGUACAGAAUUAUUUAUGAAGUGUUAGAAUGUCUAAAAUUGUCAUUCUUUUACUGCUAGAGUUUUAAUGAGUGAAAACUCUAAACCUGGAAACGCAGCACUUACUCUUUGGGGAUUUGAAGAUGAUUAUUUUGGAGUGAUGUUUUAGCCUUUGAGUUGCAGUGAUCCACACACCAUGUGCGGGUCCUACCCAGUACUCUGCUGGUCUUCUGCCUCUGUUUUCUGCAUACAGAGUGUAAACAAGCAGAACAAAUGGCUGUUUGACAUGAAUAAACCUUUAAAAGAUCA